GUUUAAUCUCUGCUAAGGAGAAGCAGCGGGAGUAAACGGCAUCUCACUUGCUGACAGAUACUGUGCUCACCAAGGGGGAGACAUAAAAAGAAAUGAUCAGUUUUCUUAUUUUUUAGGUCAGUGAAUACAUUAGGGAUCGUGUGCUGACACUGUCAAGCAACAGAUCUGAUGCUCUAAGCUGAGAUUACAAAGACCAUGUAAAAUCAGCUGGUGUGUUCGGAUAUGUUGUUUAAAAGCCGUUGCUGCGAUCAGGGUUGAAAAAAGGACUCGAUUGCAAAGAAGAAAUUAGGACUUGCCUUUCUGUGGACAUUUCGGUCAAAAUCUAGCAGAACCACUUUGUCAGACCGUGUAUGGCAUGGAAGCCGAGCUGACUCCUGAGCUGAAGGCUACAGGAUAAUCGAACUGUGAACUUCAUGUACCGGUUGAGAGGGCAAUGAUAUGGGAUUUAUGGGUCGCUCUGCAGACAGCUUUAUCAAUCUAGUUGUGCGAUGUAAGGCUGCAGUGGAUCAGUCUCCACCUCGUACCAAGCUCUCCGACUGAACCAGACAGGAGUCAAAUUCAAGGCUAAAAAAACUUUUAUUGAGAAGAUCUGACUUUUACAGAUUUUUUUGAAUUAUUAAAUUUUGGGGACUGUACUCUUCAGUUUUCGUGACAACUCUGAGAUCAUACAGUUAGCAUGCAGGUGUCAUUUGUGUGCACGGACCAUCGGUCCAUGAGCCGUAGCACGGAUGACCGGCUCAAUCGACAAAACGCCAACAGUCCGAACACAGGUACCCGGAGCAAGUUCAAAGCGGUGGCCAUGGUGGCCCGGAGUCUUGGUCAGCUGUCUGUCCAGAGCGUACCAUCGUCAAGUGACCAGAGCAUAAGAACUGGCAUGAAAUAUAGAAACCUGGGGAAGUCCGGCCUGAGAGUCUCAUGUCUUGGAUUAGGAACAUGGGUGACGUUUGGAGGACAGAUACCAGACGAGAUGGCUGAGCAGCUGAUGACUCUGGCAUACGAGAACGGGAUCAAUCUGUUCGACACGGCCGAGGUCUACGCUGCAGGAAAGGCAGAGCUAGUGCUGGGCAACAUCAUCAAGAAGAAAGGAUGGAGGCGCUCCAGUUUAGUCAUUACAACAAAAAUAUUUUGGGGUGGAAAAGCAGAGACAGAGAGAGGACUUUCUAGAAAACACAUUAUAGAAGGUUUAAAGGCAUCAUUGGAAAGAUUGCAGUUAGAAUAUGUGGACGUAGUUUUUGCAAACAGACCGGACCCCAACACACCCAUGGAAGAGACGGUGCGGGCGAUGACCCAUGUGAUCAAUCAGGGAAUGGCGAUGUACUGGGGCACAUCACGCUGGAGUCCAAUGGAAAUAAUGGAAGCAUAUUCUGUGGCCCGGCAAUUUAAUCAGAUUCCACCGAUCUGCGAGCAGUCGGAGUAUCACAUGUUCCAGCGAGAGAAAGUGGAGGUCCAGUUGCCCGAGCUCUUUCAUAAGAUCGGUGUUGGUGCCAUGACUUGGUCCCCGCUGGCCUGUGGAAUAAUCUCAGGGAAGUACGACAGCGGGGUGCCUCCGUACUCUCGCGCCUCCUUGAAGGGCUACCAGUGGUUGAAGGACAAGAUCUUGAGCGAGGAGGGCCGACGCCAGCAGGCGAAGCUGAAAGAGCUGCAGGCAAUCGCUGAGCGGCUGGGCUGCACGCUGCCGCAGCUGGCCAUCGCGUGGUGCCUGAGAAACGAGGGUGUAAGUUCUGUGCUCCUCGGAGCUUCCAACACGGAGCAGCUCAUGGAAAAUUUAGGAGCAAUACAGGUUCUUCCAAAGUUGUCGUCCUCCAUCGUGCAUGAGGUGGACAGUAUCCUGGGCAACAAGCCCUACAGUAAAAAGGACUACCGCUCCUAGUGCGGGACUGGACAGGACCCGAACUUCUCCGCACCUUUGCCUGAUUGUCCGUACGCUUCAGCUUUACUGAAUGAGCACCGGCCGCAUGAGACGGGCAAGCACCCACACACCCUGGAGAGAGAGAGACUUUUACAACAAAAAGGGCGAGAUUAAAAGUGCAAAAUAAACAAAAAAGACGCAUUUGCAGACAAAGAGGUUGAAAUGGAAGAUAGAAAGCAAUGCAUCGAUGAUACGUGCUUACGGAUUCAUCCGUUAUACAUUCAGCUCUACAGAAAAGGUACAUUUAAAACAAAAUCAUUAGGGUAUAACUUAAACAAAAUUUAAAAACAUGCUUGCUCAGUUGCUGGAAAGUUCAGUUUUUCUCUUUGCUUUUUUUAUAUUGAAUGCAAAAUAACAAAACUGGAACAGAAUUUAAUGAUCAGUUGCACACGAUUCAUGCGAUCGUUUGGGUUUGCACAUAUUAUAAAUGUCAUUGAGGCCCAAAACUCUUCACUGUGUCGUCUGCGUUACGUAUGCACCCCCCAAUCCCGCAGGCAAAUCAUUUUAAGCACUUUAGAAGAACAUCAGACGGGAGUGAGAACUGAUCCAAACGCAGCUCCUCUCCGGUGUGGAAAGGGGCAAAAAGUAAUCGAUCGCUUUCGCUUAUUCUGCACAGGGCAUUGCGUCGUUUUCGUGUCAGUUCUUUGUAUUGCCUGAUAAAGAAACGGUCCUGGCUUCUCAUCUGUCAUUGCUUUGCUAACAGGUCUUUAAGAAACAUUGUGAUGUCAAAAUACUUCAUCAGGUGUUGUGGUUUUAAAGGGCAGCUUUGUUUGUGUGCUUGCUGAAAAUCUGUGGAGAUUGCUGAUGAAGAUGCAUUUUGGUCUUCCCUCCACAGAAAAGACCUGCACCCAGCACACGUCUAGUGUUUCAUGUACUGAUGUUGAAAUUAUUCACUUUAACUUAUUAGAUUUCAAAUGUAGAUCGAAUUAUCUGUAAUAGUAAUGGGAUAAGCAUGCUUCUAUCAUAACGCCAUUCUUAAUGUGAUACUGCAAAAGACUGAGGUUCCCCCGAACAUAUUUUAGGUCAUAUUUCAGACCCCCCCCCAAAAAUAAAGAAAUAUUUUUUGCAUUUAGAGUAUAUACCAUAUUUCAUAGUAGAAAAUAUAAAAAGUAGCCUAAAGCUGGAAGUAUAGUUCACUUUUUUCGCGUAUCAUAUGCACAGCCCCGCAAAUCAUAUUUUAUUUGAUUCAAAUGCGUACAUAUAGGCAUUGGACACAUUCAGUACCUCUCCUCGCCUACAGGGGUUUAUAAGUAAGUUAAGUAGGUGGAGUGACGCCACAAGUUCAAACUCAUGUAAACAUCUUUGUACUCCUUCAUAGUACAGUUGUAUAAAUUAGGAUAUUUCCUGACUUCUUUGCUUUUUCGGUUAUGUUUUUAACUCUUUCUCCGCCAUUGACAAGUUAUCUUACGCUUCCCUGCCAAUGACGAGUUCCAUAUUUCCGCUAUUAUCCACAAGGUGGUGCUCUUACCAAACUUAUAAAACACUGGAGCAUCCACUGAUCCAAAAACAGUAAAAACUGUGUAGGUUUUGAUCAUCACUCUGAAUCUGAUCUCUAACAAAAGUCCUUUACAAAAAUGAAAUUAUUUUAUAGAAACUUUGAUAAAAAGAGAACAAAUGAAGAUGGGGUGAAAUGUUUUUUUUUCUUUUUUUGAAGCAGAGGGUCUGUUCUUUCAUUUAAUAUAUUGUAUGUUUAUAUAUUUCAAGAAGAACAUUUUCUGGAAGGCAUUACAUUUUGUGAAAAUCAUAAAAAUGGCAACUUUUUUCAAAAACCCUGGUGGGGAAAGAGUUAAUGGACUGCCUUGUGAAUUGACGCCCCUUGGUUGCCACCUUGUGGUUAAACAAAUAAUUGCAAGAAAUUAAAUGCACAUGUAGAUUAGGGUGGUCCUUAUAAUGGGUCAAUUUUUAUAAAAUGUUCAACUUUUACCCCCUAAAUGUGUUAGGAUUUCAAUAAAAACACACUGUGCAAAAUUUUUAUUGUUUCUACAAUAUCUGGGUUGCUCAAAGCCUUUGAAUAUUCCGAAAUCACAUAUUUUUGCAAAAACUGCACUCAAAAAAAUAAUUCAUUGGAUUAACUCAAUUAAAUUGUGGGCAGGAUUUCCAUCCAAUAUGAAUGUGUAUCCCUAACUCAUAAAAAAACUGCUUUACACAAUUAAAAUAUAUUGAGUUUGUCCAACUCAAUUUAAAGUAGAUGGCAGUACUCAAUUAAGUGUAGUUGCCUCAACUCAAUUUAGUGUAGUCUAAAUAACUCAAUUUAGUGUAGUUCGAAUAACUCAAUUUAUUGUAGUUUUAAUAACUCAAUGUAGUGUAGUCUGAAUAACUAAAUUCAGUUAUUUUAUAUAAAACGUUUUUAUAUCAUACUAAUUAGCAUGAGCACAUGUUAGCAUGCUAAUAAUAGUAAUAGUUAGUAAUAGCAACAAAAAUAAUUCAUGUUGUCCCAACAUAAAACUAUUAAGUGGACUGAACAUGAUAAAAUUAGGUUGACAUAAAAAAACGGUAUUCUUUUUCCAGAACCCAAACUCAAACUAAUUGUGUUAACGCAAUUAAAAAGAAAUCAAUAAAUUAUAGUACAUAUUCAUUUUGUGUUAGACUAAUUUAAUAUAUAUAAAAAUUCAUGCAGGGUAACUUUGUUCCAGUUAUUUCAGUCCGAGUAACCAUAUAGCGGACUUGCUUUGUGUUGCUUCAGCCGUUUUCUCAGUGUAUAUUGUCUAUUGUGCUUUAUUCACAUUGAAGCUUUCUUGCUUUGAAAGACAUAUCACAACUAAAACAGGAGUUUUAAAUGCAUGGAGCAUGAUCAAAUAAGUCCAUUGCUGCCAUAAGUAUAUAUUAUUAAACAAUUAUACAUGUUAGCACAAAGUAUCACAUAAUACGCAAAUGUGUUAAACUUUAAAGGUCUUGAGCAACCUCUAAAUAUUAAUUAAUAUUGAAAAACUUUUGCCCAAUUUUUUUAUUUAUUUAUUAAAACAUAUUGAUGGGGUGAGAGCAUGAACUUUUAAAAAUUGAAAAAUAGGGACCACCAAAUUUGCAUCAUGCACACUGUACGCUGACCCUUACGUAUGCAUAAAAAGUGAACGAUACUUUGGGCCUUAAUGGUUAUACACUUGUGUUUGCAGAUUCAGUUUUAACCAGACCAUGAUGCUUAUCCCUUGCUUGCUCCAAAUAUUGUUCCCUGUAAGUCUAUUAGUAAAGGCAUCCAAUGCAAAAACGUCUUCACAGUAUAUUCUCUACAAGUGUUGCUGUGGGUAUCGUAUCUCCAGCAGCCUUACAGCUACGAUCACCUGAGGCUUAUGGUGAUUUGACAGAUGUUACUAGCCAGUAGAAAAUCAUUGACUGUUUAAAUAGCAUCAUCUGGCCAAUAGGAGCGUAGACUUUUUUUGUGAAAGCAGCUCAGGGACUGCGGUAAAAUGUCUCAGUUUGCUUGUGUGUAUGUGUGUGAGCUAAAUCAUUUCUCAUUUCUGUACACUGGACAUACUUAAGUACCAGUGAUGAUAUGUGUGGCUGAAGCCAAAGAUCUACCCCACAUCUUGUCAGUAUCAUGGCCGCCGUGUCCUCUUUUUGUCGGGUUUUUAGCAGCAUGCAUCUGUCAUCUUUCUUCUACUUCGUAUAUUCACUCUGGUUAUGCUCUUAGUAGCGCUAUAGGUUAAGUACAUGGUGCCGGUAUACAUAGUGCACAUAAUACGAAUGAUAAGCAGUCUUUCUUUUCUUUUUUUUUUAAUGGAGGUUGUCACAAUACACAGGAUCCAUCAAUAAGAUAUGAUUCAAAUUGAUGGCAGCGAGUCGAACUCGUUCACCAUUUAAUUGAAGCGUCCCCGAUCAAGCACAAGGGAAUUGCAUGAGGUUUAUUUUGGAAGCAUGCUGUACCCUCAACAACUCUUUAAUCGCAUUUAAUGGACUUCUUAAAAGUGGCUAAUGCUACUUUUUAAUUCCUGUUUAAAACAGAUUUGCACAAAUGUUAAGGUCAAAAUUAAGUUUAUGGCAUUUUGUAAAAUAUAAUUCAUAAAAGGAUUUAAAAAUUACUAAAGGUCAGACCAAGUAUUCUCAGAAUCAUAAACUUAGGAGUUAUGCGUUUAAUUUUCAGAGGUUAACUCGUGUUUGUGUUUAC